UUCUCAUACUCAGCCACGAGCCACCAUUCCCUUGCACUCCUUGUCCGAAAGAGCCAUGAAGGCAGACGCUGCUCCACACUGGAAGACAGCCGGCCUCUUUUUCAUAGGGCUUCUUCGUUUUGCCUCUGCCUCCGAAAGACCCAUCUACACGAAUCAUUUCUGGGUUGAGUUUCACAAAGGGGGAGAAGCAGAGGCCAAGCAAGUUGCUGCAGAAUAUGGCUUUAAUGGGGUCAGAAAGCUACCCUUUGUAGAGGAUGGGUACCAUUUUUUCCACAACGGGAUGUCCAAGGGUCGGAGGCGGCGCAGCCUUCAGCACCAGCUUCGCUUAGAAAAAGACCCCAGGGUGAAGAAGGCUGUGCAGCAAGAAGGCUUUGGGAGGAGGAAGAGAGGAUACAGAGAUAUCAAUGAAAUAGACAUCAACAUGAACGAUCCUUUAUUUACAAAGCAGUGGUACUUGAUCAACACUGGGCAAGCAGAUGGGACUCCGGGACUCGAUCUGAAUGUAGCUGAAGCUUGGGAGCUGGGUUACACAGGGAAAGGUGUAACUAUAGGAAUUAUGGAUGAUGGCAUUGAUUACCUUCAUCCAGAUCUGGCUUCAAACUACAAUGCUCAAGCCAGCUAUGAUUUCAGCAGCAACGACCCCUAUCCGUACCCCCGCUAUACAGAUGAUUGGUUUAACAGUCAUGGAACCAGAUGUGCUGGGGAAGUAUCUGCUGCAGCAAACAACAAUAUCUGUGGUGUUGGAGUGGCAUAUAAUUCAAAAGUGGCAGGCAUCCGAAUGCUGGAUCAGCCGUUCAUGACAGACAUCAUAGAAGCUUCCUCGAUCAGCCACAUGCCUCAAAUAAUAGAUAUCUACAGUGCCAGCUGGGGCCCCACCGAUAAUGGUAAGACUGUGGAUGGACCAAGAGAGCUCACCUUACAAGCCAUGGCAGAUGGUGUGAAUAAGGGCCGAGGCGGCAAGGGAAGCAUCUAUGUGUGGGCCUCUGGAGAUGGAGGAAGCUAUGAUGACUGCAACUGUGACGGUUAUGCAUCAAGCAUGUGGACCAUCUCCAUCAAUUCGGCUAUUAACGACGGCCGGACGGCUUUGUAUGAUGAAAGCUGCUCCUCAACCUUGGCUUCUACUUUUAGCAAUGGGAGGAAGAGAAAUCCCGAAGCUGGUGUGGCUACGACAGAUUUAUAUGGCAACUGUACUCUGCGCCACUCUGGAACAUCUGCAGCCGCACCAGAGGCUGCAGGAGUGUUUGCACUGGCACUGGAGGCAAACCUGGAUUUGACAUGGAGAGACAUGCAGCAUUUGACAGUGCUCACCUCCAAAAGGAAUCAACUUCAUGACGAGGUUCACCACUGGCGAAGAAACGGUGUUGGCCUAGAAUUCAACCACCUGUUCGGCUAUGGCGUCCUUGAUGCUGGGGCAAUGGUUAAGAUGGCUAAAGACUGGAAGACAGUUCCAGAAAGAUUUCACUGUGUUGGUGGGUCGAUACAAGAGCCUCAGAAAAUACCAUCCAGUGGCAAGUUGGUUCUGACUCUUACGACUGAUGCUUGCGAGGGGAAGGAGAACUUCGUCCGUUACCUUGAACACGUCCAGGCCGUCAUAACAGUGAACUCUACCAGGAGAGGGGACUUGAAUGUCAACAUGACAUCCCCGAUGGGGACGAAAUCCAUUUUGCUGAGUCGGCGUCCCAGAGAUGAUGAUUCCAAGGUGGGCUUCGACAAAUGGCCUUUCAUGACAACACAUUCUUGGGGAGAAGACCCCAGGGGUACUUGGGUUCUGGAAGUUGGGUUUGUUGGUCUCCUGCCUCAGAAGGGAGUCCUCAAGGAGUGGACAUUAAUGCUACACGGAACUCAAAGUGCACCCUACAUAGACCAAAUAGUAAAAGAUUACCAGUCUAAAUUGGCCAUGUCCAAGAAGGAAGAGUUGGAAGAAGAAUUAGAUGAAGCUGUAGAGAGAAGCUUGAAGAGUAUAUUGAACAAGAACUAGCUCUGCUUUGCAUGUCAGACAGCAUCCUUUCCCCCAUUUCCUUCCCUAAACAUUAGGCAUAUUCCAGUUAUUGUCUUUAGAACAUUAUCCUAACUCCCUGGUUCCCCCGCCCCAAUUAUCUGCAUUGUAUAACUUAAUUACAGUGAAAACUUUUGAAUUCUGAGCCACAAAUAUAUUAUUAUUAUUAU